AUGGGCCGGUUCUUUCAGCGGUUCUACAACGAUGACGAGCCGGUAUAUUGCUGUGCAGCUUGUGGUGCGCACUUCGCACAGUACAAGGAUUUGCUUUCGACGAACUUCAGGGGCAGGACAGGCAACGCACUGCUCUUCAACCAGGUGAUCAACGUCACAGCAGGACCUUUGGAAGAUAGCGUUAUGACAACAGGCGAUUUGCAGAGAACGUUUGAUUGA